AUGGCGCUUACGCCCUUGCUAUUCGAUGCGUAUCAGAAGUACAAGAGAGGAACCGAAGAUCUCGUUCAAUGGCUAGCUGAGACAGCCCGCGCCACUGGUACCGUCAACGACGUGUUCAGUGAUAGUCAACAACAUGGGAAACCGCCUACGGGAGGUAGAUUGAAGGGAAACGCCCGGAAAGACGCAAAGAACGCCCCAGCUACGUACCAGAUCACGGCUAAAUCGUUCGUCACUCUUGCUACAGCUAUCGCCAACGAUGCGCGUGCACGUGUUCCAACCUCGGUCUUCGGAACCUUGCAGGCUGUCAUUCGAGGUCGCAAAGAUUGCGCAGUCUGGUACGCAAGCACUUCUGACUGUGCAGACAACGCCGUCAAGGAGAACAACGCGAGCCACCAAUACUUCAUCAAGACUUUGGAAGACGUCCUCGGAAUCCUCAAGGCCGCCAAGAGGCCACCAGUCGAACUUCGGCAGCUGAAGACCACAAAGGCAGAAGCUAUACGCACGAGUAACAAGUUCGAGCUGCUGGAGAAUGAGGCUCUCCCGGAGUCCGACCAUAUGCCCGAGAUUAUCGAGGUCCACGCCACACCCGCCAAGUCGAAGGUGACCUACAAGCUCGAAGAGUCUGAAACUGACGUUACCUUCGCCAUCUACUGCUUUCUCAUGGACGUUACAGAUCUCAGGAUUGCAGUCAGACGCACUUGGCGUGAGUUCGCGAACGGCGACAUUGGUCUCCAGGCCGCCGCGCUAACCAUGAACGUCGCUUUGACAAUGAUAGAGAAGUUGAGCAACGAUUUUGAGGAAUCUAACCCUCGAUUCAAGGGCUCAAAUGGUCAUGGUGUGCACAGCGAACUCAUCGGCUUCUUACAGCGCAGCCGCUCCAAGGUUGAACCAGGCUCGACAUUCGUCAAUGCAAAUAACGAUUGUGGGGAGCCUUUCGCUUACAAACAAGGAAAGCAAUCAUUGAGCUUCAACACUGUCGUAUGCAAGCAUGUCACAGAGUUGCUCCUCUUCACAUUCAGUGAUAUAACGAAGAACGAAGAAUUUCGAUACUCCAACGAUGAAAAGAGAUUCCUCAAGUGUGUUUCACAGCUUGCAGCAUCACCUUCGAUAGAACCCCGUUUCAUGGGUGAAUACAUGGUACGAAAGGCUGCAUUCGCCAUGCUUCGCGAGGGCCGGCUGCAAAGCUGGAUCUUUUUCUCGCUGCAAAUCUUCUGGGACAUGCAAAGAGAGCUGGAGCGUCAUUUAUCUGUCGGUGAGGAGCUUCUCUACAAGAUCGGACAGCAGAUCAUCACAGGAUACCAAGCCUACCUCGACGUCAAAGGAUUUGAGGAAUUAGAUGACAUCUAUACACUCUGUCGUGAAAGCGUUAUCGACCGCAAAGAGUUUGCCGAAGCCUUGAUUGUCAAUAAAAAGGCCCAGAUGGGGUUCGAUAUUGAUGAAGAACAAUUACCGGCAAAAUUCCGGAAGAUACCUGGGUUCGCACUAUUGAGGUGCGAUCCCGCGUUCUGCGGCGUACUCCUGGCCACCCUGUGCAAAGAGUAUCACGAAGUAGCCAUCGAAUAUAUGGAAUGGUUGAUCGAGCAACAAGGUAGCGACUGGAUCUUUAUGGGCAAGAAACCGCAACAAGACCCUGAAUUCGGAAAACGCGUCCUGUUGAUCAUGGGAAAUGUGGCCCACGAUUUCACCAAAGGUUACAGACCUCGCACCGUAGGCAGCAGCUCAACCUAUGUUUCCCGCGUCAGUGGAACACGUCGCCUGAUUUAUCAUUCCCAGUAUCUCGAGUCGUCCGUUGAUAGGACGCCACGCGACAAGACGCACCAGAAAGUCAAGACCUUGGAGAAAUGGCGUCAACAAAGACAGAAGGGGCCCGUACAUGAUGACGAACCAAGGAAAGACACGCUCGUCAAAUUAGAACUGUUGGUUGGAGACGCUCAGAAAAAGUCUCCGAAUGCGCACAAGCCGCUGUCUUCUCUGGAAAAGCUACGUAUCUUCAAGGAGGUGGUUAGCAAAGAUGAGACGGCUCUCACAUUCGACGUGUUGCAGCUGCAUAUGCGAUGCACCCAGGUACUGCUGCAGAUCCAUAAGUACGCUCGGAAGGUCGCACCGGUCGACUAUCCAGCAUUCAUUUUCCAAGGAGAUUCAUGGUUGACCAUCGCUAUCCCCUGUAUGCUGUACAACUGGAAGAAGAAUCAACCACACCACCCGUGUAUCUUUCCGGUGGUAGGUAUAAUGCUCCGCAAGAUGAUUGAGAAAGAGGGGGAUUCGGCUGUCAAGGGUGCUGCAGCGUUGCAGAAGAGUAUGAAGGUCAAGUUUCCAGGAUACCGGCGUGUGGAUGAACCCAGCUUCGAAAGCCCAUUGGAAGACUUGAUUCCCGUUCAGCUGCGUACCGAGUUUCCAUACUCGAUGUAUUGGCAAGUGGUGCAGGAACGAUCGGGCAACUCUGGACAUGGCUCUAGAUACGAGCCGGAGGUGGAUUAG